AUGAAUUCGAUCGAUUUUGCUUCAGAUCCACUGAAAGAGAUAUUUGUGAGGCUUCCCCUGAAAUCUCUAGGGAAGUUGAAGACCGUGUCAAAGGAAUGGAGAUCGAUACUGGAAUCAAAGAGUUUCAUUGAGAUGCAUCUGAGUUUUCAGAAAUCUCGCCGCCGCCAGAAAGUCCUGGCCGCUUACAAGUGCGACUGCUGCGACCGGCCGAAUCUCUCACCUGUGUCAGUUAUGGAAGGUGACGAAGAGAUCGUGAAUCUUCACUGCGACUCAACAGAAAGACCAUUGAUGAAUUACGAAGGUUUGCUCUGCAUCCCUGAACCAGAUUGGGUCAACGUCUUGAAUCCGUCGACCGGAGAACUACGUAGAUUUCCUUCCGGCCCCGUUCCUGAACCUUCCUUGUUAUUGAAUAUGCUUCCGCGGUCAGCUGAGAGAGGGUUGGCUUUUUUCCCGGGAUAUUGGGCCAUGGGUUUCGGUAAAGAUAGAGUGACAGGCAGCUAUAAAGUGGUGAGGAUGCUCUUUGAUCCUGUAGAAUGUGAUAUUCUUGACGUUCAAACUGGUGGUGAAUGGCGGAAAUUGAGUCCACCUCCUUACGAUAUCGAUGCAGAAAGAAGAUCGGCUUGUGUCAACGGAACUAUUUACUGGCUAAGAAUUGGUGGUGGUUACAAAAUACUUGCCUUGGAUCUUCACACGGAAGAGUUUCAUGAUGUCGCAAGUAUUCCAAAGUAUCCUUAUGGAGUCACGCAUUUAACCCAGUUAUUGAACCUCGACGACUGUCUAGUCAUGUCGACGACAAGAAAUUGUGAAAAGGAACUAGAGAUUUGGUUCAUGUAUUCUAAAGAUGAGAGAUGGAGCAAAACCUACUCGAUAAGUUUAGCCGAUGUAGCUUCAACCCUCCAUCCAUUAAAGGUUUGGUGGUUCACGCCUGUGGCUAUAUCUAAGGAAGGGAAUGUUUUGAUUUGUGACGACAAGAAGAACUUAUUCAAACACUAUCCACACACAAACACCACUCGUCGCCUCUCACACUCUACUUGUUGUGUUAUAGCUCCAUAUCUCAAAAAUUUGGUCCGACUUCAUUAA